AUGAAGACUGUCACCCUUCUGGCCGUUGUCUUUGCUUCCGUAUCCUGUGUCUCUGCGUUGUCUUCGAAGAUCUCUCUGGAUUAUGCAACAUAUCAGGGAACAGCUGGUUUCGAUGGCAUAACCCGAUUCUUGGGUAUGCAAUACGCCGCUCCUCCUGUUGGUGAUCUGAGAUGGAAGGCUCCUCAAGAUCCUGCUCAGACCACAGCAGUUCAGUCUGCCGCAAAAUUCAAGGACGUUUUCAUUGGAGUCAAACAGACAGUGGGAACUGGUCUCAUUGGCGGUUUCAACUACGGCGAAGACUGUCUCUACAUCAGCGUCAUCACUCCAUCUAGUGCAACAAACACGAGCCAUCUACCCGUCCUGUUCCACAUUCCUGGCGGUGGCUUCGCUCAGCUGGCGGACCCCAACUUGGAUUUCACCGACUUCGUCAAGACUUUUGGGAAUAACAUCGUCGCUGUUCAGAUCAAUUACAGAGUCGGUGGUCUUGGCUUCCUCGCCGGCGAAGAGGUGAGAUCCGGGGGCGCGUUGAAUGCGGGUCUUCUCGACCAACGACAGGCACUGCAGUGGUUUGGUGGAGAUCCAAAUCGCGUCACGGUCUUCGGAGGCUCUGCUGGCGCUGGAUCCGUUGGACUUCAGAUGACUGCAUAUGGCGGCAGAGAUGACGGACUAUUCGCAGAAGCUUACGCCGAUGCGCCUGCUUAUUCAGAAGUCAAUAGCGACUCAUAUUCGCAAUUCCAAUUCAACAACUUCGCGACCGCUGCUGGAUGUGGCUCCGCAACAGACAGAUUAUCCUGCCUCCGACAAGCCGAUAUCGCGAAGAUCCAGAAAGCAAAUGUGGUCGGCAACUACACCGACAUUGCUGCACAAUCCACCUCCAAUCCCGUCAUCGAUGGCACAUUCGUACAGGACAUACCACUUCGCCUCUUCCAGACCGGCCAUUUCGUCAAUGUUCCUAUGAUUGUUGGAGAUGCCACAGAUGAGGGCACGCUCUUCGCAGCAAACGCCGGCUCUCCUGAAGAAGUGUCGGAGUUCAUUCAAGCCAAUGUCCCAAGUCUCACUGAAGCCAACUUGACGACGAUCAACCAGUUCUAUCCACUCAUGGCCGCACAACAACCAUUUCACAAAGCUCAUUUUCCAUCAGCAGCCGCAGCAUUUGGUGAAGCAACAUUCAUCUGUCCAGGCCUCACCAUCUCAAGCGCUGUUGGUGCUUCGAAUCAGGUUUGGAACUACCGUUUCGAUCAGAGCUCACUGGCCCUGAGACUUGCUGGAUACGGCGUACUCCACGCUUUCGAUACCGGUGCAAUCUUCGGCCCCAAUGCCGGUCCAAUGGCAGGACUCUUGGGCAUCGUAGAGAAUGGCUUGGUCUUCUCAUCCUUUGCUGGCGAGAAUGCAAAUGUGGUUCCUAUCAUGAUGAAUUAUGCCAUUUCGUUCGUCAGGACUCAGGAUCCUAAUACGUAUAAGAGUGGGUUCGCUCCGAAUUGGCAGACUUACAACAAGGAUGGGGGCAAGCAGAGGAUUGUCGUUCGCAACUCUGGUGUGACUUACGAGGAUGUACCUGCAACUCAGCAGACUCGUUGUGCAUUCUGGACUGACAUAAUCGCCAACUCUUUUGCCGAGUGA